GGAUGAUACACUUCCUAAUGAUGUUGAAGACUCACCUAUGUUUGAAGAUGAAGAAGAAGAUAAUAGUGUCAAGUUGUUUUUCGAAGAAUACAUGAAAAAGUUUGUAACGGCACAAGAUGUAACGCAUGAAGUUACAAAUCACUGUGAUUUCCAUACAGAAACUCACCAGCCGUUUGAUUUACCAUUAGUCUCAACAACUGAGGAGGGCAAGGAGAAGAUCAGUCAUGAUGAUGGUGCUAAUGGGGUAGGUUUGGGUAUUGAAGAUGAGUUGGGAAAAGAUAAUCACGAGCUCCAAGAGAGUGAUAGCAAGGUAGAUGAUCUCCAUGACGAAGAAGUCUCUCUCCACAUACAAGAUUACUCCUCUUACGAUAGUCCAGUCUACUCUAUCACUUGGCAAAUUUGGCAACGGUCGAAGGUUUCAGUCAAGAAAGAUUUUAUUUCUCGAGUUUUGGAAAAUCCAAAAAUGGCAAACUUGGAAAAUGCUGUUAUUUCCGAAAAUGUUGUUCAGAAUGAUGUGAAUGAUAUCCCUCAAAAUAAUGUAAAUUCUGUGUCUGUGACUAACUGUGGAGACACAUCUGAAUAUGUU